AUGGUGAACUGGAGGCGGCUGCUGCGAAUGUCCAACCGAUCGUUCCUGGCCUUCAUAUUCUUCUUCUCCAUGUCCACCACUUGUCUCUACUUCAUUUACGUGGCUCCUGGAAUAGCCAACACGUACUUCUUCAUGGUGCAGGCUCAGGGCAUCAUGUUGAGGGAUAAUGUGAGGACCAUCGGCCAUAUGAUCCGAUUGUACACCAACAAGAACAGUACGCUCAAUGGGACGGACUAUCCUGACGGCAGUAACUCGAGUGAAUACCUGGUGCAGCCAACCACGUACCUCCCUGAGAACUUCACAUAUGCCCAGAACCUCCCCUGCCCACAGCGAUUACCUUCUAUGAAGGGCCUUAUGGAAGUGAACAUGACUGAGAUCCCUAUGGAGGAGAUAGAACUCCAGUUCUCCAAGUUCUUUGACAUGGAGUUUGGAGGCCAUUGGAAACCAAAGGACUGCAGACCUCGCUGGAAGGUGGCCAUCCUGAUCCCAUUUAGAAACCGGCAUGAACAUCUCCCCAUCCUCUUCCAACACCUCAUCCCCAUGCUUCAGAGACAGCGGCUACAGUUUGCCUUCUACGUCAUCGAACAGAGCGGGAGCCAGCCCUUCAACAGAGCCAUGCUGUUUAACGUGGGCUUCCUGGAGGCCAUGAAGGACUUGGACUGGGACUGCCUGAUCUUCCACGAUGUUGACCACAUUCCCGAGAACGACCGAAACUACUACGGCUGUGGUCAGAUGCCACGUCACUUUGCUGCCAAGCUGGACAAAUACAUGUACAUUCUUCCAUACAGCGAGUUCUUUGGCGGCGUGAGUGGACUCACCGUGGAGCAGUUCCGCAAGAUUAAUGGCUUUCCCAAUGCAUUCUGGGGCUGGGGAGGAGAGGAUGACGACUUGUGGAACAGGGUUCACUAUGCUGGUCUGAAUGUCACGCGACCGGACGGAGAGAUCGGCAAGUACAAGUCCAUUCCGCACCACCACAGAGGGGAGGUGCAGUUCCUCGGGCGGUAUAAACUGCUGAGGUAUUCCAAAGAGCGCCAACACCUGGACGGCCUCAACAACCUCCACUACAGCCCCCACAUCUCCCUCAGCAGCCUCUACAAGAACGUCACGGUGGACCUGUCCCCCGAGCUCGCCCCCAUCAUAGACUACUGAACUGCCCCAAGCCCCUCCUCCACACCCCCAGGCCACCCAGCUCCCCUCCGGCCUGGCCUCCCAACGUUCAGCCAAUCAGAGGAGGGGGGAGGGGCCACCGACCGGGAAGGGGGGGGGGGACACGAGGCGCACCAUGUAAUGCUGCCAAGAAAUCUUAGCCAGGAAAAAAAGAAAAGUGAAUCCAAACCGAAAAAAUGAAAGAGGCAGUGGCAAGUCUCUCAAAGCGUGUGCGUGUGCGUGCGCGUAUGUGUGUUUGUGUGUGCGAGUGCGUUGCAUGUCUUUUUGUCUGUGCCGGCUUAACUGCUACAGGUUGACAUAAGUGUGUGUAGUUUGGAGGGCGCAGCAGCAUCUCCGCUCUGAUGUUUACUGCAAAGCCUUAAAGAACCACAGCUGUCUCGGCUCGCACUGCUUCACUUCUCAUGUAUCACUGUCACCUUACAAGCCAACAGAAAAGCUUUUUCUACUAUCAUUUGUUUUCUACAUAUCAUUAUGUUGGGCCACAGUAUUCCUUCGAAAGAGGGAUCUGAGUGAAGGUGCCAUUGUUUGUGAUGUAAAAAAAAAAAAAAACUUAUUUUGAUACGUGGUAUUUAUUUCCUCUGAUGCAGGAUGUUGAAAACGCACUCCUGUCUGUGUUCGCUGUUUGUUUUGCUGCACUGCUGCUGAAUCCGCAUGAACAUGUAUGUAAAUAUCAGCCUCUUAAAGCUCGAACACAGACCACAAAUAUAUGUAAAUAUGGGCCUUUAAAUGCUCGGGCAUAUUACAGUGAUAUUCCAGUGGGUUUGAAUUUUAUUUUGGCAGCUACCUUGGUUCUAAGGAUUUAUUACGAGUGAGUGGUUUCUUCCUGACAGGAAAAUCUUCUAAUGAUAAAGUAUGUUUGGCUUAAAAAAAA